AUGCCUCUGGAAGAAAAAGUAAAUAACUUGCAGGAGUGGCUUUAUAAAAAGCCUAUUAUAAAUAUGAAUGUCGAGAAGUGGAAGACAUAUGUUAGAAGUGCUCCAAGAAACUAUUCUGUGAUGGUCAUGUUUACUGCCCUUUCCGCAAAUGUUAAAUGUCCUAUCUGCAAACCUGCUUAUCAGGAGUUUCAUAUAUUAGCGAAUUCUUACCGGUAUGCUUAUUCAAAUAAAAAAGCGCUUUAUUUUGCUGUUGUUGAUUACGAAGAGGCACCACAGAUAUUUCAAAUGAUGAACCUAAAUACAGCUCCGGUUCUUUAUCACUUUCCGGCUAAGGGAAACAAAAAAAGAGCAGACCAAAUGGAUUUUCAAAGGCAUGGGUUUGACGCUGAAAGUAUGGCCAAAUUCGUUCUUGAUAGGACAGAAAUUUCUAUUCGAGUUCUGCGUCCUCCAAACUACACAGGUCCUGCACUGAUGAUCUUGUUUGGCAUGUUGAUAACUGGCAUUUUAUAUAUGAGGAGAGACAAUCUUGAGUUCUUGUUCAACCGUACAGGAUGGGCAGUGGUUUGCUUGUGUAUUGUUUUUGCUUUUAUGAGCGGUCAAAUGUGGAAUCACAUACGGGGCCCGCCGUUUGUAAUGACCAACCCCCACACGCGUGCAACCAGCUUCAUACACGGUUCAGCGCAGUACCAGUUAGUGGCAGAAACUUAUUUUGUAGCAGCACUGUAUGCUGCUGUCACUGUAGGUUUUAUUCUGAUGAAUGACUCUGCUGAUGGUAAGGGUGAUCUUGGGAGAAGGAAAGUUAUGGUUUUUGUUGGCCUCGGAUUCGUAGUCGUGUUCUUCAGCCUCCUUUUAUCAGUCUUCCGAAGCAAGUACCAUGGGUACCCUUACAGCUUUUUAUUUCAUUAA